CACCUCUCCAGGUUCAGGACCUCAUUGCAGGAGACUUCAAUAAGGCAAACCUCAAAACGGUGUUGCCUAAAUUUUACCAACAUGUUAAGUGUGCAACGAGGGGAGUAAAUAAUCUGGACCAUGUUUAUUCCAACCUUAAACAUGCCUACAGAGCUAUUCCCCUCCCCCACCUCGGUCAGUCUGACCAUCUCUCCCUGUUCCUACCCCCCGCAUACACCCCCCUCAGCCGGCAAUCAAAGCCACAAAGACAGAAAAUUACCACCUGGCCUGACGACGCCCUCCCCCGACUCCAGGACUGCUUUGAACGAACACAGUGGGAAGUUUUCCAUCACGAGGACCUGGCCACAUACACGGAUGCAGUGCUGGCUUACAUCAAGCACUGCAUUGACACGGUCACCGUGGUAAAGACCAUUCAGGUGUUCCCGAAUGAGAAACCAUGGAUGACCGGCCAGGUCCGUGCACUCCUACGUGCCCGGGAUGCAGCCUUCAGAUCCGGCGACCGAGCGCUAUACAGUAGGACUCGGGCCGACCUGAAGAAAGGCAUCAGCGCAGCCAAAGCGGACCACAGGAGAAGGAUUGAGGAGCAGCUGACAAGCCCCAGGCAGCUGUGGCAGGGCAUUCAGGCAAUAACAAACUACAGGGGCUGUGCUGUGUCAGCCGGGGACUCAGAUGCGGCACUUGCGGAGGAGCUGAACAGCUUCUUCGCCCGCUUUGAAGCUCAGGCGCAGCACACAGCCAAACCACCCCCCGGACCAUCUCCCCAGCUGCCACUACAGCUCACACCUCCCCCCAGCACUCCACCCCAACCCCCACUUCAACCGACAGCAAUCACUGGCACUCCCCCGCUCAUUCUGAAGGUCGAGCCUGAGGAUGUGAGACGGGUGCUCCGGGCCAUAAACCCCAGGAAGGCAACUGGCCCAGAUGGCGUACCAGGGAAGGUGCUCAAGGCCUGUGCUGACCAACUUGCACAGGUCUUCACGGACAUCUUCAACAGGUCACUGGAACAAGCCAUCAUCCCGACCUGUUUGAAGUCUGCCACCAUCAUCCCGGUCCCCAAAAAGUCACCCACAGCCAGCCUCAACGACUGCCGCCCCGUAGCACUCACCCCCGUCAUAACGAAGUGCUUUGAGAAACUGAUCUUGCACCACAUAAAAACCUGUCUCCCCCCCACCCUGGACCCCCACCAGUUUGCAUACAGGCCUAACAGAUCGACUGAGGAUGCAAUAGCCACUGCUCUCCACUCUGUGCUGAGCCAUCUGGAGAGACAAGGACGCUAUGUCAGAAUGCUCUUCAUCGACUACAGCUCAGCUUUCAACACCAUAAUACCGGACAUCCUGAUCCCCAAGCUAACCAGCCUCGGGCUCCCAUCAUCCACCUGCUCCUGGAUCAAAGACUUUCUAAUCAACCGACCACAACAGGUGAAGCUGGGCCGCCACCUUUCAUCUGCCCGCACCCUCAGCACUGGCUCACCGCAGGGCUGCGUGCUGAGCCCACUCCUGUACUCGCUCUACACAUACGACUGCAGUGCAACCCACCCAGAGAACAUCAUCGUCAAAUUCGCUGACGACACAACAGUGGUGGGGAUGAUAACAGGGGGGAACGAGGAGGCCUACAGAGAUGAGGUCCUGAACCUACUUGAUACAGAGGAUUCUGGGAAGGAUGAGCCAGACCCUUUAAUGCAAUUCAUGCGAUAUCAUAGAAGGGGGUGUGGUCAGCAUCAAACAAGGAAGUGCACCCCAAAACAUCUUGAUGGAGGAAACUUGAGGUGGAUGCCUCAGAGGUACGAGUCUCAAAAGCAAGCAGUCCUCCUAAACGCAAUCCAUUACAUUUCCUGCAAGAAGCUUACACCAUCUAAGAGAAACUAUGAUGUUAGUAACCAAGAGAUCCUUGCUAUGAAACUGUCCACGAUGACCAAAUUUCACAAAAAGAACUGGUUCUAUGAAUAUCAAAACUGAUGCUUUGUCACAUGUAAAUACCCAUGAGCUUAUAGACGGUUCCUGGUAUCCUAUUCUGCCCACCCACUGAGUUGCUCCAACUCUCUGGGACAUUGAUGAGGAGUUCAGACCAACUGUGGCAUCACACACAUUACAACUGAGCCUUUAUCUGUCCAUUAACAUCUCUGAUUUUAUCUACAACUUCUCCCAACUAUUCAACACAACUCUGUUAUCCUGCUAUGGCACUAAGUGCGUUACGGCUCACCACUUUCAGUCAGUGAGAACAAACUCUUUUGACAUGUAGUGAAAAAUGAUGCAGACUAUAAAUGCACACAGCUCCAGCUCCCAGCUCUAGUGUAGGGGAUUUGAUCUCAUGUACACGUGAGUUUUCUCCAGGUAUCUCCCACCUCACAGAGCUCUAUCUGGGUGUGAAUGAAUGUAUGAAUGGUAUGUGUUGGUAUGUGUGAUGAGAGCAGUGUUCCCAUGCUAGGCUUGAGAUCCACCAGAAAUUAUGCUGACCUUUUAAAAGUAAAGCACUUACUGGAGUUACUGAAAAUGUUAGUUUUUGAUGAAAGAUGAAAUCAAAUUCAUCAGUAGUAAUGGACUCAGUCUUAGGAGAGAAAGCAUGUCUUUGGAACUGAUGACUAAUCACUUAUUUAACCCACAUGUUUUCUAGAUAUGCUGCUGGGUGCAUAUACUGGAUUAGUAUCAUUAUUUUGCUUUGCAUAGCUUCUAAUGAUUGUAUCUUUUCCUCCAUGGCGUCCUCAACCUGCCUGACGACUGUGGCUGAAAAUCACUAUUUAAAACUUGAUGCAUUCAUUGCACUUUACAUCACGCGGUAUAUUGGACCUCCUGUAUUGUCAGUAUUGUGCAUGUAGCAUGUUGAUAGUAAAAACUUUCUUGGCUUUAGCAUGUUUGUAGUACUCACACUUACUCCAGCACUAAUGUUCAGCUGUGAUCGUCUCUGUAUCUUUGCGUGAGCUGUGUGUUGGUAUGCGUCACUCUUUUCACUUUACUAAAUACGUCCUGUGCUUAUUUUUGACCAGAUGGUGUUAAUUUUCACUGUUGGUUCUUAUAACAGCCUUAAACUCAUGCUGCCUGUAAGCCACUCAUAAAAUAAA